CCACUACUUAAGGUAGGUACCUCACCAGCUGCACCGCCACAGAUACUUCGACAGUAUACGCCACUAACGCCAUAUAUACCUAGUCGCAGUGGGUCAGCGCGACUAGGCACCUGGCAGCGAAUUAUCGUUAUCACGAUACCUCCAACUGCCAAUUACCUAAUCCAUCCAACACCGCGACUGGCCGCAAUCAGCAAAUCAUCCUGUCCUAUCAUCCUGGCGCCUCAUUUCCUCCUCAUCCCUGAAUACUGUGUCCAAGGCACCACUCUCUUUCGGCUGACGGAUAGCUCAUUGUCGAGAUAACGUUUCCAGAUUCAUCCGCCAGCUUUCCGCCGUGACAAAAUAUCGAUAUCUCAGUAUACUUUCUGCACAGGGGCUCCUGCUUGUAGAGCGCGAAACUCAUGAAAAGCAGCCUUCCUACAACAGCCAGAUUAAUUUAGUGUGUGCGAGCGCGCACCUUCUCGCUGGUCCAAUGGAUCGCGACCCGAGAAGUCGCAGGUAUGAUGAUGGGGAAGUCACUAGAUAUGGCGCGGGCGAAUCGUACCGACCCUACAAUUCCAACAGGUCUCCACGCCGGGCUAGAAGCCCCCCGCCUCGAGAACGACCUCGUAGCCCUCCACCAGACAGCGACAGAUAUGUACCGGAUCGAGCACCUAGGCGGCGCUCGCGUAGCACUGACCGCUAUCGACGAGAACCCUCGCGAGACCGCAGAGAUAUGAGAGACUUGAGAGAUGUACGCGAUAUGCGAGAUAUGCGAGACGUGCGCGACACAGGUGGUGAUAGCUGGCGGAGAGAUGAUAGAAGCCGCACUCUUCGCAGAUCACCUCCACGACGCUCGCCUCCGAGGCGUAGUCCGCUCAGGAGAAGCCCACCGCCACGCAGGUUCUCGCCGAGACGGGAUGACCGAGAUCGGCCGCGAUCUCCGAGAAGAGGCUUCGAUCCAAGGUUAAACCCUUUGCCCCAAGAUGACAACCCUAAUGCCAUUCCCCUGACAAGGCUGCCACUUAGGCGACGAUCCAGGUCUCCUCUUGAUAGAGACCGUCCGCGAGAACGUACUCCCCCUCGUCGUUCCCCUCCUCCUCCCGCCCCUAGAGCAAACACGUACCGUGGUCGUGAACGUGAACGCACCCCUGACCGACGAGGCGACGAUCGCUUUGGUCCUUCGUAUGCUAGACGGCCCUCGCCCCCUCGCGAAUCCGCCAUCAGCUCUGCCCUUCCCUCUCGUGACACAUCGCAGAGAUCAUCCCCGCGCCCUGACCCUCCUAGACGAGAUGACCGCUCCCGUCCGGAAAGCCCUCUCCCUAACCGUCCCAUCUCUAGAUCCUCACAUGGUGGCCCUGGCGUUAGAGAAAAGACGCCACAGAAAACACCGCUAGAUUCACAGUCUGCUCCAUCUCGUCCAUCACGGUCUCCGCCCCGUGGCCCGGCUGCUUUACGAGCACCGCCCACAGGCCCAAGAGAUGGACGUGGGUAUGGCGGCCAGUCUGCCGCGUCGAUAGUACCGCCUGCCAGACCAGCCGCUUCAACAGCGUCCCCAGUCGCGGGUCGACAAGAAAAUGGUGCCAGCGCUCCGCCAUCGGGCCCUCGAGGGUUUGUUUCUGGGCGUGGAGGUGGGUAUAGCCGGGGUGGUCGAGGAGGAUCUGCCUGGGGUAACACAAUUCAAAGCCGCAACUUACCGACAGCUCAAGGGCCUGCGUCGGCCUCGACUACUACUAGUUCUAAUAGCAUACCUACAGGCCCUCGUGCAAGCGUGUCUGCACAGUCGGUUCCAUCUACCCCCAUCUCGCAAGCCAAGCCAUUCAAUCCGCCCAAAGGUCCUGCUGCAGAAAGCAACCGACCUAGUCUAGCCCAGCAACUCAUCGCAUCUAUGCCGCCUAUUAUUCCUGGUGGAAAGAUGGAUCCCUCCUAUAUUCCACUUACCACUGGAGUGCUACCAGAACUACAAUCCCACAUGGACCGUCUGAAAGAGGAAGAGGAGAAACUCCGAGAGGAGAAGUAUAUCAAGGAGGAGAAACUACGCAAAAGCCUUGCUGCAUAUGAAAAGGGCGAACGUGAGACCAAGGUGAUGGCCUUGCGUACAGAAUUGGCCGAACAGAGCCUCAAGAAGUUUGCUGGUGAAGGUAUUGGCGGCGCUGCAUUUUAAUGAAGCACUGCGCCAGAACAGUCGAAUGAUAUAUGAACGAGCCGAAGCCAGUCUCCCUCCACGGGCUGACCUAGCUGAUUGGCUUCUUGGCUAUGUCUCAACAUCUUGUCUAUUGGUAUGACUAAACACCGUUACAAACUUUUGUGCCUGAUGAUUCUACUUGAGGUUCUCAUGAUGGCUAGUGGUGAAUGCGAUACUUCAAUCAUUUUAUUUUAUUCAAAAGCGCUGAAAGAAGGUCGUGAACCGCAAAAUCCAAAUUCGGGUGUUGAAGCUUAACACCCACCCCCCCGCCCCCCCCUUUUCCAUAAAAUAGACAGACAGAGGCAUUGAGUUAGUUGUAGGAUACCUACCACAGAUACCUUGUACGAAUAUCACUUCACUGGGCGGUUGCUCAUGAUGUUUACAUGAAUAUAUUAUUAG